CUGUCAAAAUAUUACGCAGCGCGCUCGUGUGGGUAUGUUAUUGAGUCGCUUCAAUACACGUUGAAGACAUGGCAGCCAAGAUGGAGCUUGCACCCCUCAGACCGUGGGACGAUUUCUUCCCCGGAACGGAUCGGUUUGCCAAACCUGAGUUUGGAGAUGUAGCAAAGUGGAACAACAGAGUGAUCAGUAAUUUAAUGUACUACCAGACAGAUUAUUUCGCCUUGGCUUUGGUGGUAUUCGUCAUUGUAGGGUUCCUGAACCCUUUUGGCAUGUUUCUGGGAGGAACUGUGGUGACUCUGGUCUUCAUGGGUUCAGUGUGGGCAGGAGAGAACCAGGCCAUGGUCAAGAACUUCAAAAAGAAGAACCCCACUCUGUUUGUCAUCGGGGUCAUGGCCACCAGCUACUUUCUGCUGUCGCUGUGUGGAGGCGUCAUGGUCUUCAUCUUUGGAAUCACCUUCCCUUUGCUGUUAAUUCUGAUCCAUGCCUCUCUGAGACUGCGCAACAUGAAGAACAGACUGGAGAACAAGAUUGAGGGUGUUGGGCUGAAGAAAACCCCUAUGGGCAUCAUCAUGGAUCUCCUGGAUCAGCAGGAGGAGAAGAUGAACAAGAUUCAGGAUUUUAUUGAAGGCAAACUGAAGGACUAAAGCUCGAGUCAAACGUGUGCCAAGGGAAGUCAGUGUCAUACAGUGUGGAUUCAAACUUCCAUAGCAUAGUCCCACGUGGGGAGUUUUUAUCCCAUGUAUACAUUUUAAAGUUACUCAUGUUUGCAGUCCCAUGCUUAUAUAUCCGUUUUGGUUUUACUUUAUUCUCUCUUUCACUUUUUUGUGACUUUCCGCAGAUGGAUUUUAACAUUAAAACAAGAUUUGCACAAUCACAGCGUGGAUUGGAUGUUGAAAGGCAAUGGCCACCAAAGGUUACCAAAGGUCAUUCAUGUGUCAAAUGUUCCCAAAAACACAUCAUUUUCCUUGUCGACUGCGUACUUUUUUCCACAUAACUGACUAUAACUGACAAUAUCUAGUGCUGUUAUUAAUUAUAUAUUAGUUUGUACUAAAUAAGGAAUCAUGCUUUCGGUUUGCUACCUCCAAACAAGUAUGUUUGAUUUACCCAACACCCAGUGAACUAUUAAAUGCUUAUUAAACAGCAAUAACUCCCAUUUUGUCACUUAAGGAGCUGUAUUAAUACUGAUCUGAGACCAGUUUGCUUCUUGUGUAGACAUGGUUAUAUAUGGUCAUGGAAGUUUAAAUAGUCAUAUUCUCAAAAGGUGUGUGUGCACACACUUCCUGACAUACAGGCUGGCCUGAGUGAAUCUCUUCUGAUCACAGCUAUGCAAUAUUGAAAAAUGAAUGGCAAGUGCAACUUUAUUGUUUGAAUAUUAUGUCACGAUAUGUUUGUUAUUUCUGAUGUCUUUAUUUUCAGUAUAUAGCAUGCAGAAAUGUAUAAAAUGGCUACAGGAUACAAAGUACAUCUUUUUGGCAAUGAGACAAAAUGAUUUAUUAAAUGAAUUAACUCCCCAUUCUGUUAGAAAACAAUGUUAAUUCAUUUUAUACUUUCACUCCUGAUAGUAAGAGCAUUGUUCUGUUGCUUUUCCACAUUAACUGCAGUUUGUGCAUGCUACCUUCACAAAUGGCAGUUCACAAAGAUUGUUUAUGUUAUACGGAUGCUAUAUUAUAUAUUCUGUUUUUAUGUGACUUUUUCAUUCUUGAAAAGUGAUUAAAUCACAGAACUGGAAGUAAGACAAAGCUGUCCUCUAUACAAAUAAAGAUAACCUGAUUUAU